AUGGCCAGUAAAGAUGGCGUCGCAGAACAGGCCUUUGGCCCAGUUCUAGCGGCAGUCGCAACAAUGCAAGGAAAUGUUUCACGAACCGAGAAGACUCACGCUCAUGAAUUUCUUGAGAAGUUUCAGAAAUCGAUCGAAGCUUGGACAGCUACGCAUGCACUUUUACAGUCCCCGGAAGUCCCUGUUGAGGCGAAGCUUUUCGCAGCGACCACAUUAAAAGGAAAGAUUAUAUUCGAUUUGGACCAGUUGCCCCCGGAAUCCGUGUUGGCUUUGAGAGACUCUGUCCUGAAUCUUCUCGUUCUUUACGGCUCGGGUCCGCGGCCCAUUCAGACGCAGCUAUGCGUGUGCCUGGCUAGCCUUGCCAUCCAGAUGACCCAGUGGAAAGAUGUCCUGGCUACUGUUGGUUCGGCAUUGGGUAGCAGUGCUGGAGAGUGUGUGCUGGAAUUCCUUAAAAUUCUUCCCGAAGAAGUCACGGAGGGUCGCAAAAUCAAUUUGAGUGAAGAUGAACUUAUCAUGAGAACAAAAGAAUUGUUGGAAGAUAAUGCGGAGCAGGUGAUGCACCUUUUGAUCCAAUAUGCUCAGUCCUCCCCAACUGCCUCUACGAAUCCUCGUUUAUUGGAUUGCAUCACCUCAUGGAUGCGUGAGAUCCCAGCUUCGAAACUUGUUGAGUCGCCUUUGAUGGACGUCAUUCUCAAGGCGUUGGACAAUGAAGUUUCUUUCGAGUCCGCCGUGGACAGCAUGUGCACUCUUUAUAGAGACACCCGAGAGGUGGAUGAUUCGCUACCGAUUAUCCAAGCGUUGUAUCCUCGAAUAAUGUCACUCCGUCCCAAGAUUGCCGAAACCGCAGAAUCAGAGGAUGGAGAAGCGUUCAAAGCAAUCACGAGACUUUUCGCGGAAGCCGGUGAAGCUUGGGUAGUUUUGAUUGCACGUCUUCCGACCGAAUUCCGGGGUCUAGUGGAGGCUGUCUUGGAGUGCUGCGCCCGAGACUGGGAGCGCGAUGCGAUCUCGCUCACUUUCAUCUUCUGGUACGAGUUGAAGCAAUACGUUACUCUGGACCGAUAUGCAGAUUCGAGACUCGGCCUCGCCGAUAUCUUCUCCCAAUUGGUGGAUAUUAUGGUCAAGCACCUUGAAUACCCACGCCCAGAGGAAGGUGAAACAGAUCUGUUUGGUGGUGAUCGCGAGUCGGAAGAGAAGUUCCGUCAUUUCCGCCAUUCGAUGGGCGACGUUCUUAAGGAUUGCUGCUCUGUCAUUGGCGUGACCGAGUGUUUGACGAAAUCUUAUCAGUUGAUUCAACAAUGGGUUUCCAAAUAUGCUUCUCAGGCUAGCAAUGAGCAUGUCCCCAACUGGCAAGAACUUGAGGCACCACUAUUCAGUCUGAGAGCUAUGGGUCGUAUGGUUGAUCCUGAAGACAGCUCGAUCUUGACUGAGGUGAUCCCACUGAUUGUACAAAUACCGGACCAAGAGAAGGUACGCUUCCAGGCUAUUAUGGCCCUUGCGCGCUAUACCGAGUGGACUGCCCAGCAUCCAGAGACUCUUGAGCCCCAAUUGAACUAUGUCAUUUCGGGCUUCCAGCACACUUCGCCAGAAGUUAUCCAGGCUUCUGCUUUGGCAUUUAAGUUCUUAGGAACUGAUUGCCAGAAGCUACUCGGGGGCCACAUCGCUCAGCUCCAUUCUUUCUACGAAUCUGUCCUCGACAAAUUGAAGCCGGCAAGCCAGGAAGAAGUCACUGAAGGUGUGGCAGCUGUCGUUGCAGUGCAGCCGCUCGAUAAGAUUUAUGAGACCAUGAAAAUGUUCUGCGACCCCAUCAUGGCCCGAAUCAUGAAUCUGGCAAACAAUGCCAAGGAUGAGGAAGGUCAACGAGCCGUUGCCGAUCACCUUCAAUUGAUUACGAUUUUCGUGCAAGUUGUGAAUCCUUACGCUGGUCCUAGCGAGGAAAAUCCGGCUGUGAAGUACUGUGGUGAGAUUCUGCCUAUUAUGGCCACGAUUGUGAUGAACUUCACCUCGUCCACCCCUAUUUUGGAGCGCGUCUGUCGUUGCUGGCGAUACAUGAUCAUCUCGUACCGAAUGGCUAUGAUUCCUCUGCUCCCUACCUUGGCACAAAGCAUUGCAAGUGGAUUUGAAGUUUCUCGUGAGGGCUGCUUCUUAUGGGCUACCGACGCCGUUGUACGCGAGUUCUCCGAGGGGUCUGAAUUUGUCGACCCGUCGACGACCGGCGCUGUUUUCCAGUUCUAUGAGCAGCAAGCCAUCACAUUCCUGCGUAUUCUGAAUGACCUGCCACCAGAUAGCUUGCCCGACGUGAUCGAGGACUUCUUCCGACUUUCGUCCGACGCCGUUCGGUAUUACCCCAAAGAAUGUAUUACCUCGUCACUCGCGGUACCCAUAUUCUCUGCAGCUCUGAGCGCUCUCACUCUCCAGCAAGUUGAUCCUCUGAUCGCCACUCUGCAUUACUACCGAGACCUUUUCAGUUUUGCUUUUGAAAAGCCCGUUGUCUCUGAGUUCACCAGCCCUGAUGGCGACUCAUACACGAAUCCUCCGGAGAUCCGUGAAGCUGUCAGGCAGCUCAUUACAUCACAGGGCCAAAUACUUUCCCAACGUGUUCUUACGGGAAUGAUGUUCUCUUUCCCCGGGGACUGUUUCCCUGACGCAUCUGGUGUCAUGAUGACACUAUUUGAGCUGAUGCCUCAAGAAGCUGGUGUUUGGCUACAGUCUACCCUUCAAAUGCUCCCUGCCGGAACUAUGAAGGCUGGCGAGGCCGAAAGGCUGUUGAAGGCUGUUGCUGACAAGGUACAGUCGGGAGAGACGAGAAAGAUUCGGGUUCUGCUACAAGAUUUCACCAACUCGUACCGGCGACGCAAUGUGGCACCCAGAGAUGGGCUAGGUCGACUGGAGGCCACCCGAUUCCGUUUUAGUGGAUAG